UCGGAUCCGUUUGAUUCUCUUCUCCCUCUCGCGAAUUCCCCACCUCUCCGCUUCCGCCCAAACCCUAAUCCGCCAUGGCCGCCGCCACGGCCGCCUCGCCGGCGACCGCCAACUCCGACGGCGAAGAAAACUACGAGGAGUACAUCCCCGUCGCCAAGCGCCGGGCCAUGGAGGCCGAGCGUCUCCGCCGCCUCCGCCUCUCCAAACCCGCCUCCGCGCCGUCCUCCUCCGCGGCGGAGGUCGUCUCGGACCUCCCGCCUCCUCCUCCCCUGCCGCCCAACCAUCCCACCGCUGGCGCCGGAGGCGGGGGCUCCGACGCCUCCGCGAAGCCCAGCCUCCUCGUCAAGGCGACGCAGCUGAAGCGCGCGGCGCCGGAGGUGACCCACACCGAGCAGCUCAUCAUGCAGGAGAAGGAGAUGAUCGAGCACCUCUCCGACCGGAAGACGCUCAUGUCGGUGCGCGAGCUCGCCAAGGGGAUCACCUACUCCGACCCGCUCCAGACGGGCUGGAAGCCGCCGCUCCGCCUCCGCCGCAUGCCUCGUGCCAAGGCCGACGAGCUCCGCCGCAAGUGGCACAUCCUCGUGGAUGGGGACGACGUGCCGCCACCCGCUCGGGACUUCCGUGAUCUCCGCCUGCCGGAACCCAUGCUUCGCAAGCUCCGCGAGAAGGGCAUCAUCCAGCCCACCCCCAUCCAGGUGCAGGGAUUGCCUGUGGUGCUCUCCGGGCGUGACAUGAUUGGCAUUGCCUUCACAGGGUCCGGGAAGACGUUGGUGUUUGUUCUGCCGCUCAUCAUGGUUGCAAUACAGGAGGAGAUGAUAAUGCCAAUUGUGCCGGGGGAGGGGCCAUUUGGGAUGAUCAUCUGCCCUUCACGUGAGCUGGCUAAGCAAACUUAUGAUGUCAUUGAGCAGUUUCUCGUUCCACUCAAGGAGGUCGGGUACCCGGAGAUACGCCCUUUACUUUGCAUAGGGGGUGUUGAUAUGAGGGCGCAGCUGGAUGUGGUCAAGAAGGGAGUACAUAUUGUGGUGGCUACACCUGGCCGGCUCAAGGAUUUACUUGCCAAGAAGAAGAUGAACCUUGAUAAUUGCAGGUACUUGACCUUGGAUGAAGCUGAUAGGCUUGUUGAUCUUGGAUUCGAGGAUGACAUCCGUGAGGUUUUUGACCACUUCAAGGCACAAAGGCAGACACUUCUAUUUUCUGCCACUAUGCCCAAGAAGAUUCAAAACUUUGCGAAGAGUGCCCUUGUGAAACCUGUUAUUGUCAAUGUUGGUAGAGCUGGUGCAGCAAAUCUGGAUGUCAUUCAAGAAGUUGAGUAUGUUAAGGAGGAUGCGAGAAUUAUUUAUCUCCUGGAAUGCCUCCAAAAGACUCCACCUCCAGUUCUUGUCUUCUGCGAAAACAAAGCUGAUGUCGACUAUAUCCAUGAGUAUCUUCUUCUGAAGGGUGUAGAGGCUGUUGCGAUUCAUGGAGGAAAAGAUCAAGAAGAAAGAGAAAAUGCAAUUGAGUCUUUCAAGAAUGGAAAGAAGGAUGUUUUGGUGGCUACUGAUGUUGCCUCAAAAGGUCUUGACUUUCCUGAUAUCCAGCAUGUGAUUAACUACGAUAUGCCUGCUGAAAUAGAAAACUAUGUUCAUCGGAUUGGUCGAACUGGUCGAUGCGGGAAAACUGGAAUUGCAACAACCUUCAUCAACAAGAAUCAAACAGAGACUACCCUUCUUGACCUUAAGCACUUGCUUAAGGAAGCAAAACAGAGAAUUCCACCAGUUUUGGCUGAGCUCAAUGACCCAUUGGAAGAUGAGGAAACCAUGGCCAAGGAGAGCGGUGUUAAGGGGUGUGCAUACUGUGGUGGUCUUGGCCAUCGUGUUACUGACUGUCCAAAGCUGGAGCACCAGAAGUCCAUGGCGAUCGCAGGCUCGAGAAGAGAUUACUAUGGUGGUGGAGGCUACAGAGGAGAAAUAUGAUUGUUCUAGAUUCCUGUGUAUGUUGUUAUUGUGCCUUAUGGGAGCGAAGAUACAGCAAUAUUGCACAAGCUGAAGCUCCAUAGUCCUUAAACCAUCAUGAAGAAAGAUCCGCUUCGUUUUCGUUAACUCUCCGUGAUCUUACCUCAUUGCAUCUUCAGAUGGCUUGUAAUAUAUUGCUAUCGAUAGCAUUAGCCUGCUCUACACGGAGAGGAGCUUACAUCUCUCAAGAGUUAAGCAUAUCUUCAUGGUGACAUGUCCUGUUGUAAAAUGUAACCUGGAGACAAUAUUGAACGAGCAACUUUUCUAAAAGAAUUUUGACAGUGAAUGUGUUGUGCAGAAACUACUACAUUUCCAUUUUGUGUAUUCUACCACGCUUCCUGAACCUCAUUGCUAUGAAAUUACAGUUGGUACAGCAGGGCAGCAGCUAGGUGAGAUACUGAUGAACUGAUGCCCCAGUCCGGUGGCCUCCGGCCUGCAUUGCCGGUGAGGAACUGGGAAGUGAAGCAGGUCUCACUCUGAGUGUCACAGUGUCACUACUGCGCAUCGAUCGAAUGGGUCCUGCUCCUCUGCAUGCAUCUCCUGCCAGCACGCAAAUGCUCAUGCGGAAUCUGAUGAAGUGAUGAUGCUCUUGUGAAGUCAGUACAAAUAAUGCUCGUGCGCUAUUAUACUGGCUACCAGAGGCUGGCAGUGUAUACCAGUCCCUGGCUACAGGCUUCAUUCAUGGAACAGCAGUGUAUGU